AUGGUAAUCGACUAUUUUUCUAAAUGGGUCGAGGUGGCAGCAUACAAGAAGGAGGUGAUCGACUUCAUUUGGCAGCACAUAAUCUAUCGGUUCGGCAUCCCAAAGGAGAUAACUUUUGACUAUGGCCCACAAUUCAUUGGGUCCAAGGUUACUAAGUUCCUCGAGGAUUUGCACAUAAAACGCAUAACCUCUUCUCUUUAUCAUCCAAAUGGGAAUGGUCAGGUGGAAUCAACAAACAAAACUGUCAUUCAGAAUUUGAAGAAGAAAUUAGAGGACGCCAAAGGAGCUUGGUCGUCAAAAUUACCGGAGGUGCUUUGGGCUUAUACAAUAACGGCUAAAUCCAGCACAGGUGAGACUCCAUUCUCUCUAGUAUAUGGGGCGGAGGCAUUGAUUCCGGUAAAAUUCGGUACUCUUAGUCCAAGGUACAAUCGAGCAGAAGAGCAACCCAAUACGGAGGCAACGCUGGUGCAAUUGGAUUUUCUAGAAGGACAUAGAGAUUUGGCAUAUGUUCGGAUGAUCGCCCAAAAUUAG